AUGCCACGUCGUGUCGGUGACGUUUUCUUCUUCUUGCUGCUGAUCCUCUUGGCAACGAUUCAGCCUGUGGCAGCUGAGGUUUACAUUAAGCUCCUCCCCGGGAAAGAAUUAUGCCUGAACUACGAGGGAUACCGUGACCCUGAGGAUGAUCCGUCCAUUGUGGACCUCCGCCACCGUGGACUUGACCCGCGCAGUGUUAACAUUCGCACCCGCAUUUACAACCCCAGUGGGGAACAGGGCGUUCUGAACGAACGUAUCGAUCCUUAUGGUACUCCCUCCUCACUUUUUUUCAAGGUGACAGAGACAGGUACUUAUCGUGUCUGCAUGCGCACCCCACUGAGUCACCCGCCGUUACGGUUUGAGAUGCGUUUUGUGGGGGAGAACGAUCUCAUAGACCCAGCCACCACGAUAGAGGGGGUUCCCGUGGUUGACAAGCCCGUGGAAGUUGAGGACUAUCGAAGCCGCUUGAGAAUGUUGGACAUUUGUGUGCAGGUCACUCUGGACGAGGUUCGCAUGAGCGAGAAUCGUCUCCACAUGUUUGAUGAUGUCACCCAGAUGACGUACCACAUCACGGUAGGGAUGCUUCUUCUUAAUGUGGCUCUCUCUAUUGGCCUGAACGUAUGGGCAGAGAAGUAUCUUGAACGCUACUUUAUGAAGAAGAAGAUCGUCUAG